GAUUUAUUUAUUUAUUUUUAAGGAGCUGUCAUUGUUACAACACCACAAGACAUUGCCUUGCUAGAUGCUCGCAAAGGUGCUGCUAUGUUCCAGAAAGUAAAUGUUAAAAUACUUGGUUUAGUUCAAAAUAUGAAUGUGUACAUCUGUCCAAAAUGUGGAGAAAAGAGCCAUAUAUUUGGAGAGGAUGGGGCUUUGAAGCUGGCUUCUGAAUUAGGCUUAAAUAUGCUAGCUGAUGUUCCUCUAAAUAUGCAAAUACGCAAGUCUUGUGAUUCUGGCCAGCCUAUUGUUGUAUCAAAUCCAGAAGAUGAACUGGCUCUUAUAUAUCGAGAUUUAGCUGAGAAGGUGACAAGUAGUCUUCCACCUUGGGAAGAUCCUUUUUUCUCAAAAGUGUGAACCAUCAUAUAAAAUUAGAAAUUAAUGUCAAGUUUUAAUUUAAUUUAAUUACUAGUUUGUUUAUUAUUUAUUUGUUUCCUUUUGUUUUAUGUCUAAGAAUUCUUUAGCAGAUAUCUCGAGGAUAAUUAAAUUCUGUAUUUCCUGAGAGAUUUGCAUUUAAAUUAAAUUUUGAUAAAAAUAAAUAAAUAUCAUUUGUUGUAA